AUGAGUUAUUUACAUCCUAAAAUUGGCAAGCGCAUAGAUAAUUUGCGUGCUAUUUCGAGUGUGGCGGCAUCAGAUGUCCUUUAUAUUGUUGAGUUUAUUAUGCAGUAUGGAGUAAUGAAUUUACGAAAGAACCAGAACUCGGUUUCGAGCAAUUGUGAGACAAGCUUUGUAAAGCAAUGGCUAUUAGAAAUUUCUUUCGUUCGUCAUAUACAAGAAUUUAUGGAACAUGGAAAUCAGAUACUUAAACUGAAACUAAUACCUACAACUAACUGA